AUGAGGGGACCCGCACCCGCAGUUCAGUGGGGUCUGCCCUCGCCAAAGCUGCUGACCCUGACCACGGGUUGUCGAAAGAGCAAGGCUGUAUAUGUCAUGGCGUCGACCACUUCAACAGCAACGCCGAACAGGCAUAAUUUCGAGUUGCGGGUCCGGGAGGUUAAAUCGCCAAAAAGCGACAUCAAUGCCCUCCUAUUAGAUUAUCUGACGAUGGAGGGUUAUCCCAAUGCUGCGGCAAGAUUUUCCAAAGAGGCAAAUCUCCAACCACAUCAGGACAGUGGCUCUAUUCGUUCAAGGCAGAAUAUCCAAAAUCACAUUCACAGUGGUAACAUCCAGGCCGCAAUUGAGGAAUUGAACGAGCUCGACCCAGCGAUCUUGGACGAAGAUAAGGCCCUUCAUUUUUUGCUCUUGCGGCUCCAGCUUGUAGAGCUGAUCAGGUCUUGCAAUGCUACGGAAGAUAUCAGUCCAGCUCUUAAGUUUGCCACAGAACAGUUGGGGCCACGUGCCCCUACAAAUCCCAGUUUUUUAGAAGACUUGGAGCGAACCAUGGCCCUCUUACUCUUUCCAUCAGAUGCCCUAGAGCCUCGAUUGGCUGCCCUUCUUGAUCCUCAACUGCGACUCGCGGCCGCUGACAGUGUAAACAAGGCUAUUCUAGAGAAACAGUCAGCCCGACGUGAGGCAGCCAUCCGUCAUCUUGUAAAACUGCGAGUAUGGGCGGAAAACACCGCCCGAGAAAAGGGCGUAAGUCUCCCAAGCCAGCUAGAUAUUGGCCUUCAAGGAGAAGAACACGACCAACAAGAUCGUCGACAAUCAAAUGUUGAAAUUACACAUGAGCCUAUGUUGAGUCAAAUCACUACUGUAUUCCAGCUCUGUUUUCUUGACCUGGGAGACAUUUCAGAGUACAGCAGACAAUGUAGUCCAGAUCCAGCAUUAAGCGAUGUAUAUAUGUUUAUGGUUCUAAUCGGUCCGGACGAUGCUUUCUUGAGAAGACGUUCAAGGGGUAAUUGUUUUCCGAAAUGGAGUUUGGUAACGGCUUUGAAGUGUCAAACCCUUCAAGCGGCGCACUAUGCUAGCAUUGUCACGUUAAAUAUUCCUUAUAACCCUGUUUUAAAGGUCCGAAUGUCAUGA